ACGGGAAAUUGUGCUAGCACAUCACCCUACGUGGGUCGCCAAUUUGUUAUUCGUUGGCAUGCACUGCAAAGAAGCCAACACCUCCUGAUCUGCAGCUCGUCUCCAAAGAAAUUGACCAGAACGAUGGAUUCCUCCUCCUCACAACUCCUCACAGCUGCAACAGCAGCCAACUCAACCUUCUACCUGUCCCAAUGGAGAUCACAGGUGACGAUGGGAGUGGAAUCCUCCCUGCUCGUGCAGCAGAGCAGCCUCCUCCCCACAGUCCUCGCAUGUAUCCUCUCCUUCUUGGCGGCAACCAUGUCCAGCGCCGCGGGCGUCGGCGGUGGCUCGCUGUACGUACCGAUCCUCAACAUCGUGGCCGGGCUGAGCCUCAAGACGUCGACGGCCUUCUCGACGUUCAUGGUCACCGGAGGCACGCUGUCCAACGUGCUCUACACCCUGUUGGCCCGCGGCCCCGGGCUGAUCGACUACGACGUCGCCGUGGUCUCGCAGCCGUGCCUGCUCCUCGGGGUGAGCAUCGGGGUGGUGUGCAACGUCAUGUUCCCCGAGUGGCUCAUCACCGUGCUCUUCACCGGGUUCCUCUCCUUGGCAACAUUCAAAACAUACGGCACCGGGUUGAAGCGGUGGCGCGCCGAGUCGGCAGCAACGGCGAGGGGGGUGCUUGAGGGAGCGAGCACCACCAGGGACGGCACUGAGGAAGCGCUACUUAUUGGCCGGAAAGAAGGGGCUACCCAUGGGUGUCACUGGGUGGACUUAACGGUGCUUUUCACAGUCUGGCUUUGCUUCUUCGUCAUUCAUCUCUUCAUAGGAGGUGAGGGCGCCAAGGGGGCAUUUGACAUGAAGCCAUGUGGCCUUGCGUACUGGCUCAUCACCGUAGCCCAAAUCCCCGUCGCCGUGGCUUUCACAGCGUGCAUAGUGCAGCAAAAAGGAAAAUCACAGACUCAAAAAAGUCAAGUGGUUGAACUGGAGACUUCGGCAAAGAGCAGGCUGGAUGCUUUGCCGGUGUACGUGUUCCCGGUGGCUGCUCUGCUGACCGGCGUGAUGAGUGGACUCUUUGGCAUUGGAGGAGGCCUGCUUCUCAACCCUGCCCUACUCCACAUUGGAGUGCCUCCAAAAACAGCGUCGGCGACGACAAUGUUCAUGGUCCUCUUCUGCGCGUCCAUGUCGAUGGUCCAGUUCAUAAUCCUGGGAGUUGACGGGAUCGUGGGCGCGUUGGUCUACGCCAUCACUUGCUUUGUGGCUUCCAUCGUUGGGCUGGUCGUGAUAGAAGGAGCCGUCAGGAGGUCAGGCAGGGUCUCUCUCAUCGUCCUCAUGGUUGCUGCCAUCUUGGCGCUCAGCGCAAUCGUGAUAGCUUGCUCCGGCGGGGUGCAUGUCUGGGCGCAGUACACCAGCGGGCAGUACAUGGGCUUCAAGCUCCCAUGCUAAAGAAAGAAACUAGAGUGGAGCACACAUGCUUAGCCAUGCCGGCGGUGAGAUCGGGGCUGUUGAAAUAACUUUUUUUAUCACACUUUGCCGCACUGUAAGGCAGUGGAUUUGAUAUAAAUUGUAAACUUCGCUAUGCUGGGAUGUUUAGCUAGUGAAGAGUUCACAUGUAACAGUUGCACUGUUUCAACUGCUAUGUUUGUGAAACAAAUAAUUUGGAUA